UUGGACGCCAUAUUUGCAUUCGGAGUAUGUCAAGUUUUUUCAAUUGCGUUCGAUCGUGUUUCGUUUAAGAGAAAAUGAAACAAUGUUUGUAGCGGGAUGAUCAUCCUUCUUAUCAGGGAUAAAAUUGAACAAUAUCGGUCAUAAUUAUGGCAACCUCCCUCGUUGCCAAUAAAAGACAUAAAGCAGAAUGAUGAAAGCAACCUGGCAUGCCUCCGAAUGAGAGUAGGGUUUUAGAAUAGAUCUCCCUCCUAAAUAAAAGCAUUGUACAUAUGUUCUUAUAAUUAAUUUUUUGUCUGGACAAUAGCUUUUUUGAUGUUCCUGGAAAGUGUAAGUGGUUGUAUGCUUAAAAUCCUUGUACUUCUAUAACAUUUGGGCAAGAUGAUCCACAUGCUAAAAAAAUAUGUUAUGAUAUCGGAGUAAGUUCAUAACUCAUCCUUUAAUUUUAAACUUUAACAGUGUUAUGUUGUCAUUGUUUUCAUUCUGUUAUGUUUAUAUUUUCCUGUUUCAGCAAGUCAGAAAUGAUGAGUUAAUGUUUUGCAAGUAUACUUCGCUGAUUUUUCUUUCACAUCUACACAUCUUUUACAGAAAGUUUACUUUGAAACUACAGAUAACUAAUUGUUAUUGUUGAAUUUUAACUAGAUAUGUAAAUAUCCUGAAAUAGAAAAACCGCGUUAUUACCUUCAAGCUGGUUUGCAGACACGGGUUUAAUGUGCACUAAACGGAGAAGGACAGAUUGAGCUGGUGUUUAAAACAAAGGAAAGCUCCAUCACCUCUACACAUUCAAAGGUACAGCUGACGAGACGACUCACUAUCUAAGCUUCGAACCCAAGGAUGAAGAUAUUCACCAUAAAAACCAGGUGUGCUUGUCCAGAUCAAUGUUGGCCUCCUGAGCCUGAGCCUUCUACACCUACUAGUGUUGUUCCAAGGCUAACGACUGUAAUCCCAACGAGAACUUCAAAUUCAACAAUACCUAGUCCUAAAGGUAUAAUUACUAAGAUUUUUGGAGUUAGUGCACGAACAGUUUCUUUGAAUGUCUCUUCCCAAAAAACUUACUACAUUGUUAGCGGAAAGGAAGGGGAGAGAGGGAAGAGGAUAGGGGAGAGGAUUUGUUUGGAAAGUAGCUAUAUAAACGGAUUGUGUCAUUGUCCAUAAUUCUAGAAAACAAAAAUCCAAGAUAAAAAUUUUGCUAUGUUGGCGCUUGUCAAUCUUCACAAGAAAGACCACAUUAUUUCCUUGUAACACUUGACGAAUAUAAGCUUUAGGCACCAUUAGACUGAUAUACCGUCAAUUCCGAGUCAGACUUGGGAUGCUCUUAGUGGUACGGAGAAUGUGUUCAUGGUCAGUUACACUUUUAUUUUUAUUUGUCAGUAACUUAUCGAUCUUAUGCUUAAUGCAACAAAGAGAAACCUCAACUGUGAACUUAGGAGUGUCAUUUAACAUUGCUUUUACUCAAUCGCAGACACGUCACCACCUCAAAGCCAUCAUUGGAAUUUUGUGGGAAAGGUAUACGGAUUUUCACCGGAAUCGGCAAAGCUUUUUUUGAUUGAGUUCGUUCUAGUUGCAUUUAAAAACUUAGUUGCAGAUGUGCUCUACCAUAUGUCAAAACAUUUAUAAAUUCGAGGAAAAGUUUUUACGCCUUCGAAAUUUCGAUCUCAAUUGAAUAAAAACAUGUUUUAAUUUUCAGAUUCAAAGUCGUUUAACUGGAAACUGUACAUCUUAAUACGGAGACUUGCAGUAAUUCUCGUCCUUAUGAUUUGUUGUUGUUGGUGCCUGUGGAGGGAUAUUGCUGCUGUUAAAGAGGCCCUGAGGUACAGACGCUGCCACUGUUGUGGAAAGUACCAGGAACCACUCACAGAGGUAGAUAGCGGCGAAGUUGGAAAUAAGGAGGAAGCUAAACUUAUUAAAACAAACCGAGAGAUAAGGCUGUUGAACACGAGGAUUUUGAAGGAAAAAAGAAACUGGUCGAGCCAGUUCAAGAGGAAGACAUGGGAGACAAGACUCAAACUGUUGGAAAAGAGUGGUGUUUCAGCUUCGGAGAAGGAGCCAGCCAAUAGGAGAAUCAGAAUUUUUCUCUUACGAAAAAGCUGUCUUCCAUGAAAAAGCGAUAGAGAUCUUCUUCUACUUAACAAAGGCCUGCAAUAAAACUUAAGAUUCUCUUCCUUCUUUGGGCUAAGAUGCAGAACAAAUACCUAUUACCAUUGUUUGUUUUGUCGUGGUUGAACGGAUGCGUUGCCCAAAAAAUUCAAACAAUCAACAACUGCACGUGUCAGACAUCUGAUGGUAGCUUUUACAGCUUGUGGCCCUUCAGAGGAACAGAAAAACCAUAUAGCUUUACUGCUGUUCCUGGAAAUAAGUACCCGAACUGGAGGUAUGCUUACAAUCCUUGUACUUCUCUGACAUUUGGACAAGAUGAUCCAGAUCCUAAAACAAUAUGUCAUGAUAUCGGAAUUUGUAAAUAUCCUAAAGAAGAAAAACCGCGGGAAUACCAUCAAGUUGGUGUGCAGACAGGUGUCAGUUGUGCACUAAACGCAGGACAGAUUGAGCUGGUGUAUAACACAAAAGAUAAGGCUAUCGAAUCCUCUAUACAUUCAAAGGUACAGCUUAUUUGUGACGAGACUGCUUCAAUUCCAGAUUUUGAACCCAAGGAUGAAGAUAAUUAUAUAUUUACCAUAGUAAGCAAGUGUGCAUGUCCAAAUCAAUGUUGGCCUGAGUCCAAGACAACAAAAGCUCCUCCUACACCUAGUGUUGUUCCGGGCCCAACAAAAGUAAUUACAACGACAACUUCAAAUUCAACAGAACCCAGUUCUGAAGAUUCAAAAGUACUGAAAUGGAAGUUGUACAUUCUACUAUCCGGUCUUACAGUAGUCCUCUUGCUUUGUUUUAUAUGUCUGUGGUGGCGUGUUGCUGCUGUUAGGGAGGCUCUGAGGUGCAGAUACUACCAUUGUUGUGGAGAGAAUGUUGAACCAGACCAUGAAUACAUAAACAAUUUGAAAAAAAUUGGGAAAACUAAACUUAUCAAAAACAAAAAUAUCAACAAAACAAAAUAUAAGGCUGUUGAGGAUAUUAAGGGAGAAGACAAACUGGACAAUCCAGUCCAAGAGGGAGACGUGGGAGACAAGACUCAAGUUGUUAAAAAAGAUAACGUUUAAUCAUUAGUCUUGUAAAAUCAAAGGCUCCUUGGAGCUACCUCAUGGUAUUUCUUUGUUAUUUGAUUGGGUAGUGUGCUUCGUCUACUAUCCAACUAAUAAGGGUCCGACUUGAAAUGCCGUUUUGUUAGGGUAGUUUUUCCUACCCUUUUCUAUAUCCAACAUGUAAAAUCCCUACCCUUUUAUACAAGCUCAGCUAAAAAAAUUGGCACCCCCUUUGGGCAGAGCCUGUCAGUAUAGUUUCCUAUAGAGAGUUGCUGGCAACCCCACCGUUGGAGUCAGGCAUAGUAGGCCAAUACUGCAAUAAUAUCAAAAUUAAUUGUAGCCUGAGUGCGAAGAUGUGGGAAAUGAAGGAAAUACAGGUGUCACUGAGAACGGCUGGAAACUUUGUCAUUGGCACUCGUUACUGUAAUUGAGCAGUUAACCUUUGUUGUUGCCUUGCUAAGAGAAGGGAAAGUCGCAUGAGUAAAAGUAGCUCCUUAAAUGAUCACUUGGGCAUUUCUCCGUAGCGGCAUCAAGCUGUAGAUUCCUCCAUCGAAUGUCUUACAGGUACAAUUGUUGACUAUAGUAAUACCCUGGCCAGUACAGUCAUUGAAAACCAUAACUAGAAUGAGUCCUAAAAACUGUUUGAGAUUCACUGAUUUUAGCCUAGAGGAGAUUAAUCGAAGAGUUGAGUUAAACGGACUAUAUCAAAGCCGAUUAAAAUUGGAAAGGAUCACGCAUUGAAAGUGAAGAGCAGUCACAAAUACAAGCAUAUUAAGUCAGUUACCAACUCUUAGAACUGUGGCUAUUGUAAGAAACUCUUUCGACUGCAAAUCAAUCAAUGGGAGGUUACGUUUGCAGACUCGUGAUUGCACAAAAACUGGACGAUCACGAAACUCUUAGAACCGACUUCAUUGUGUACAUUUAGAAUAGCAAACACAUGUUUCGCAAAUCGUAACCAUUCCGGUGUAUAUCUAUUAUUCGACAAAUGUUUUGGUUUCUUCAUCGUGCAAAGUUGAGUAUUUUAAAAUUAUUGCACUCGUGUGACUAGGAGUGUGUGACUGUGUAAAUAACGACUCCUUGUCCUAAGAUAUUAGACGAUUCAUGUUAUUCUGGUACUUGUCUUGCCCCGCCACGAUCAGCUUUCUAGCUAUUUGCGGGGCAAACUGUCCCUUUUAUUUUUAUGUAAAAAAUGAAAGAAUAAAUUAUUGUUGUUAAAUCGAA